UGUGGUUUCGUAAACUGUCAAUGUCACUUUUCAAAUUCUCAGGCAAGAUUGUAAAAUAAUUUGGUCUCAAACUCAAAUAGGUCUUAUUGCCGCCGUCAAUAACAGGGAUUAAAGAAAAGAAUUAAGAUUCUUUUGAAGAAAUCAUGGCCAACUGUUUUAAAUUAUUAACUACAACGUUAUUCAAGACAUCAAGAAAUUUAAGACACAUAAGAUGUGCCCGACCUAUGAUACAGAAGUCGAGUUUUUCGACUUGCAGUGUCUUAGCGCGAAAGGAGCGCGACACUAUGGGAGAAUUGGAAGUACCUGAUGACAGGCUAUAUGGAUCCCAAACUCUGAGGUCAAUCAUGAACUUCCCUAUAGGAGGCAUUGAGGAACGCAUGCCGAUGGCUGUCAUCGUUGCAAUGGGUAUUCUGAAAAAAGCUGCAGCGAAAGUUAAUAUGGAGUUUGGUUUAGAUAAAAAAAUCGCUGAAGCCAUCAUUACAGCUUGCGAUGAUGUGAUCAACGGUAAACUGUACAAAGAGGGUCACUUCCCUCUUAUCAUCUGGCAGACUGGGUCAGGCACACAGACUAACAUGAACACCAAUGAGGUCAUCGCUAACCGAGCUAUCCAAAUGUUGGGCGGCACGUUGGGCAGUAAGAAGCCGGUGCACCCCAACGACCACGUGAACAAGUCGCAGAGCUCCAACGACACGUACCCCACCGCCAUGCACAUCGCCGUGGCCAUGGAGCUCAGGGACAGGCUCAUGCCCGGCCUCGUGGCACUCAGGGACACCAUGGAAGCCAAAGCAAAGGAGUUCGACAAAAUCAUUAAGAUCGGAAGGACCCACCUGAUGGACGCGGUGCCGCUGACGCUGGGCCAGGAGUUCAGCGGGUACGCGACGCAGAUGACGUUCGCCAUCGAGCGCGUGUGCGCCACGCUGCCGCGCCUGCACUACCUGGCGCUGGGCGGCACGGCCGUCGGCACCGGACUCAACACUCGCAUCGGGUUCGCAGAGAAGUGCGCCGCCGAGAUCGCGGCCCUCACUGGCAUUCCAUUCGAAACUGCGCCAAACAAGUUCGAGGCGUUGGCUAGCCAUGACGCGAUGGUAGAAGUGUCGGGUGCUCUCAACGUGGCUGCGUGCUCCAUCAUGAAGAUUGUCAACGACAUCCGCUUCCUGGCGUCCGGUCCUAGAUGCGGGCUGGGCGAACUGAUGCUGCCAGAGAACGAGCCGGGAUCAUCCAUCAUGCCUGGUAAGGUGAACCCGACUCAGUGCGAGGCGCUGACGAUGAUAGCGGCGCAAGUGAUGGGCAACCACGUCGCCUGCACCGUCGGAGGCAGCAACGGACACUUCGAGCUCAACGUCUUCAAAACUAUGAUGGUCGCUAACGUGCUCAGGUCAAUCACACUACUUGGCGACGGAUGCUUGGCAUUUGACAAGAACUGCGCGAAGGGCAUCACAGCUAACAAAGAAAAGAUCGGCAAGAUCAUGCAGGAGUCACUCAUGUUGGUGACAGCGCUCAACCCACACAUUGGUUAUGAUAAGGCUGCACUAAUCGCCAAGACUGCCCAUAAAGAAGGAGGUACCCUAAAAGGCACAGCUAUCAAACUAGGAAUCCUCACGGAGGAACAGUUCAACCAAUGGGUCAAGCCAGAAAACAUGUUGGGACCUAAGUAAAGAAUCUGAUGUGCUGUCAACACACAAUGGAACAACAUUUUUUGUGUUGCAAUUAGGAUUAGUGAUGAAAGAGUAUGAGUUUAACUACGAAAUAUCCGAUGUCCUCCGGUACACUCUACGUUAUUAGUUUGGAGUUACUUAAUGGCACCUUUUCUUCAAACGAGUUUCGCAAUUAUAUGAUAGUUAGGACCAGUCUAUAAGGUUAUUUGCAGUACUUACCUCGCCUAGUACAAGGUUUGUUAAGUGAGACAACUG